CAACCUCGAAAUCAGGUGAUGUCAACAAACAUGGCGUUUUCCAGAAAGGUUUUGCAAAUUAGCUCUGGCCUCAUCGUUCUAAUUCUCGUUUCCCUAUUUCUUGAUGUCGAUUCCAGCCCAAUAAAAGACAAGCCAAACAACCCGCCCGUCAUUCUCAUCCCCGGAGAUGGAGGCAGCCAACUCGAAGGGAAACUUGACAAGCCAUCACAUGUCCACUUCUACUGUGAAAGAAAGUCAACCUGGUUUCCUCUCUGGUUGAAUUUGGAACUCAUUGCUCCCCUGACUAUUGACUGCCUCGUUGAUAAUUUAAGGUUGGAUUAUAACCCUUUUACGCGGACCACUCAUAACCCACCAGGGGUCGAGAUUCGUAUACAGGACUUCGGCAAUACCUCCACAGUUGAAUACCUCGAUGCAAGUGAAUUGUCAGCCACAUCUUACUAUGCUCCAAUUGUGGCAGACCUUGUGAAGCAUGGCUACAAGAGAGGAAUCACGGUGAGAGGUGCUCCAUUCGACUUCAGGAAAGCUGCAAAUGAGUUACAGGAAUACUUCAAAGCCGUGAAAGCUCUCAUAGAAGAGACUUACACCUUGAAUGGCGACACCAAGGUGGUGGUCAUCGCCCACAGCAUGGGAAACAUCGUCUUCCUCUACUUCCUCAAUCACAUCGACCAACUGUGGAAAGAUAAAUACAUCAGUUCAUACGUCAGCCUGGCAGGGCCAUGGGCGGGCGCCGCAAAAACAGUCAGGAUUAUGGCAUCGGGUGACAAUCUCGGUGUGUUUGUUGUGGAGACCUUAAAAGCGAGAGUGCAACAGCGUACUAUGCCAAGUACUGCCUGGAUGAUGCCGUCCGAACGAUUCUGGAAAAAAGACGAAGUCAUUGUCUAUACUCCUUAUAGAAACUACACGGUUUACGAUUACAAACAAUUCUUCGCGGACAUCAAGUUUCCCGUGGGUUAUCUAAUGCGACAAGAUACAGAAAAACUAAUCGACGACCUCAGACCGCCUGGCGUCGAGCAUCAUUGUUUACAUGGUUCAAAGGUACACACCCCGGGGGCGUUUAGAUAUACUAAAGGCAUGUUUCCCGAUACUCAGCCGUAUACGAUUAACGAAGACGGAGAUGGUACGGUGAAUAUGCGGAGUCUGCUCGCAUGUUUACUUUGGAAAGGAAAACAGAAACAACCGACUUACCACAAGGUUAUAGAGGGCACUGAACAUUUGGCGAUACUUGAUAAUUUGGAGGUACUCGAUUACUUGCAUAAGGUGCUUGGCAUCAAGAGUUAAAAUGAGAUACUCACUCUUGUAGAACUUUGAAACUUAUCGGUAAUCAACAUUUCUAACUGAUCAAAAAUGGGAAGAUCAUGAAAACUAAAAUUAUAUUGGAUGCAUUGGGCAAGCCUUAAUAAGAGAAUGGAUCUUUUUUUACUCAAGCAUGUUGGUUAAAAAUAUAGACGGAAGAGUUACAAUAGAACUCACUGCUGUCACUAUCAUACUUGGAAAUGCUGGCAGAUUUUAAUCAGAUUGAUUAAAAUCAGAUUUUCGGCCUCACCGUUGGUGAAAGGUGCUGUACAGUGUGCAGUGUUAUACAAUAUUUGGUUGAAUAGAGAUUGAGAGGGACUGUAGGCAAGAGGCCUGACUCUGUUGUCCUUUGCCAUCGAGUGUCGCAUCUGUCAGCCAACCCCGUUAUGCAGGAAUUAUGCUAUAGGUGGUGUCGUUCUAUCUGGAGUGAUUUUUCCUGGUUUUCUUGUCUGUGGUUUUAUAUUAUUGUUUUGGUACAAUGUGUUUAACAAGGUUUUUAUUAACUUAUUUGUUUCUAGCAUGAUGGUGAUAGUUGGACGCCUGGACAAAACAGAAUUUUUGACAUACCAAUAACAUUAGUUACUGUUACAUACAUGAAGGGUUUCAUGAUGUUGGUCAAUUUAAUGCCCAGUCUUGCAAAGCUACAGAACUUCUGUGUGAAAUUAUGUUGUGUUGAUCUCAUAAUUCUAGUCAUAGUUAGAGUUCUGGGUAGAUCUUCGUAUUUGAACAUGGCUGAAACUUUUCAUGAUUGCAUCUUUGUCAAGAGUCGUCUAAGCUAGAGUCAAAUGGAAAACUCGAAAGUCGUAUUUAAAAAAAAAAUUAGGUGUUUUUAACUAGCUAAUUUCGGUCUUGCAGUAUUAUGAUAUCCUUGAAUGUCAUUAUUGGUGUUGUCACUAUCAUCAAGAAUGAACAAAGACUAGUCUUUAUUAAUUCUUGCUAUUAUGCAAAUUCACCGUAUUUUCAUACCUACUCUAGCUCCCUCGUACUAUCAGUAGAACCUCCCUCACCAGAAACCUCUGUUAGGACUCGCUCUCUAUUCCCGACAACUUUAUUGGACCUAAAUGGAUUAUUUAUAUUCAAUAUGUCCUCUGUAAUCAGGCCACCUCUCUAUUACGGACAGCACCUGUCCAUCCAAAGGGUGUCCUUAAUAGAAAGGUUCCACUACACUUCCAAAUUUCAUAUUUCUCGACUUUUCAUUCAUUUGUAGCGUUGCACUAUCAUGACGUAAUAUGGUUUCCUUUAUAUAUCCGCAUUUUCUCACUUCUCCCAAAGAGGUGUUUAAAAAAUUAUCAACAGCUUUAAUGUGCAUUUGUUGAAUUCUACAACCAUUAUAAGGCUUUAUUCUUUUGAAGUCACAGCUGAGUUAUUUCUGAACAACUGAAAAUUUCGUAUACCAUAGCAAUUUUUCUGUGGUUAUUUCAGCAUUCAUUUACUUCUGCUGUACAUGUACAACAAAACUGACGUUUUAUGCUGUGGUGUAAAGCAUAGGUAAUUCCUCAGAAAGGCCAAUUGAUGUGCUGGCAGAGUAUGUCAUGCUUGGGUUAAAAAAAUUAACUGACCAUGAAGUUCUGGCCUGGAUCGUGAAUAAUCAAAUACAUGUAGUAUUAUCAAGUACAUGUAUGUAUAAGUGUACGUACAUGUAUGUAUAGCUCUUUCUACAUACUUGGUAUUAUUAAUGUAUCAAUUAAAAUACUCUUCCCAGGUUGUUAUGAGCUGGAUGUAUUAAUUCUGCAUGACAUACUUUUGAUUAGCAUCAUUAUAGGUCAGAGCUGGCAGCUGGUAGCAUCAUAAUGUUGUCUGAUUUCUGUGUGCAGCUGUUGGGCCUAUUUCCAUGAUCAAUGAGGCCUGCAGCCGACAGUGACAUCAGCCACCAACAUGACCAAUAGUACAGCAAUAUGCUCGAAAUAUUCCCAGCUAUUUCAUUUCACAGUUUUAAGAAAAUGCAACGUUUGCGGACUUUUGACUUAGUGUUUUGUCAAUCCUGGUAAAUUAAUUUCAGUUAGAUAUUCCUUUUGAAAUGUUUCCAAAAGAUUUUGUAUGUAAUUCAAAACUUGGAGAAAAAGCAUCCUUACUAACAGUGGAGCAUUCAAAUGAACAUUGGCCAAUUUGCUAUGUUAAACUAUUCACCGAAUAUUGAAUGCAGCUAUUCAAGCAUUAAGAAAUCCAGUGUAACAAGACAAACUGGCAACUCGUCAUGACGCAUGUUCCACAGUUUUAGGGAAAGCCAUUUAUCUGAGAUGUAUGUAGUACAUUAGAAGAGGGCUUCCAGGCCUGCACGUUCAAUGUCUUUCUAAUGUAUGCUCAUAUUUUCAAUAAAAUGAGAAUGUUUUUCAA